UCCAUGAUCUGGAGGUUAAAACUCCAGUAACAACAAAAGACGAGUGAGAACGCAAUCAAGCACUGAUAAUAAAAAAAUAACGAAAAUAGCGCGAGUUUACCUAUAAAAAUGCCAACUAAGCAUUGCGCCUAUGCCUCGUGUAAUUCGGAUACGCGUUAUCCUGAGGACAAAGUAUUCUUCAUACCAUUUCCAAAGCCUUACAAAGAUUUAGAGAAAUGUAAACGAUGGUUGGAAAAAUGCAAUCGCUCGAAUUUGGCGUUAGAUAAAAUAACGAAAAGUACGUAUAUAUGCUGUAAACACUUCGUGGGUAGAUGCGGCCCAACCAGUGAGCAUCCCGACCCAAUUCAGUGCACAGAAUCCAAGGUGAAAUUGCGACGUGUGAAUUCCAAACUGACACAUACAGUUUCUCAUGACCCAGAGCAAGAUCUUCCCCCGAAAUUUGACCAAAUAUCACCAAAAGUAGAAUAUGACAUUACAGAAGCGGAACAGCAAAUUGAGACUGUUAUCACCGCCGAUAAUCAUCCAAUCGUUGAAGAUCCUCUGUUGAACAGUGACGAAGUUGUUUGUAAACAAGAGGCCGAGAUUAUCUCUACACCGACUGAAAUCAAAACUGAAUAUGACGAAGAGUGCCAAGUCGAUCCAAAAACUCAAGAUGCCACCACAGAAACCUGUAUGGAAGUGGAGGGAAUUUACAUAAAAAAACUUCAAGCUGAAAUUACAGAAUUAAGAAUGCAGUUGGAGAACAAUUCCUUCGGCUAUGAUGAACAGCAGCGAAAUGAAUCAGCAUUUAAAUUCUACACAGGUUUCAAUUACCAACAAUUCGAUGUCUUGUGGAACAUCCUGAAUCCUGAGGCAUCGAACCUCCGAAUUUGGAAGGGGAACGAUACUCCAUUGAUAGCUAAGCAGAGGUAUUCAAAGCGAAAAAUUAGUCAGAAGGAUCAAUUAUUUCUAACUCUCACACGACUGCGAUGCGGAUUCUUACUGGAAGAUCUCAGUUUCCGCACUGGUUUGAGUUACAGUUGGAUUUCAAGAAUUAUUGGCACCUGGAUCCAGUUUCUGUACCAAAAAUUCAAAGAUCGAAAUGCUUUUCCACCUCGAGAAAUUACUAGCAAAAAAGGUCUACCCGAGUGUUUUGAGAAAUUCAAGAACCUACGGGUCGUCGUCGAGGUAAUGGAAGUGAGCAUGCAGAGACCACAGGAUUACAAAAAACAAGGAAUCCCUCAAUCAGCCAAUAAUGUUCGUAAAUUCCUGAUCGGUGUAGUCCCUACGGGGGAGAUUUGCUUCGUUUCUACCGCCUUCGGGGGCUCUAUCAGUGACCGAGACCUCUUUCGUCAGUCUAACAUCCUGGAAUUCUUGGAGGAAGGCGACGCAGUCAUGGCUGAGAGUAGAUUCGAUAUCAAGGAUUUAUGCCAGACGAAAAAAUGUUCAUUGAUUACUCUCCCACUUCAGAAGAAACGGGAGGCUUUGACUACUGACGAAGUGCCAUUACCCCGAGAUAUAGCAUCCAUUAGACUCCACAUUAAGAAGAUAAUGGGAAGACUGAUAGAAUACAGGAUUUUACAAAGAUGUGUUCCAACGAGUUUGUCAUCUAUGAUGUCUCAAAUAGUUUUUGUGAUUGCCAUGCUGGGAAACUUUGGUGAACCAUUGUUGACAUGAUAGAAUAAAAUGAUUGAUUGAAAAUCAUUAGUUUCAAAUGGCUAAUCUGUUUCAAAUCUAAUCAUGUGAUUUCCGUGAUUACAACGACUUCAUCAAUUUCCCGUUUAUCUUUCCGGG